AUGCAUAACAGCUGUUAUGAAAAUAGUAACUCGUACAUGGAAUGGAAGCCGAAUGAGAAAAUAUACAAAACAAUUAAUGAGGCAUUAACAUCCUCAUGUAACAGUUCAAAUAACAACGUUCAGAUUGAAGUAACCAAAGUUUUAAAAGAUUUAAAUGAAAAUGUAUCAGAUGCUGCGUUAUAUUUAUUACAUAUAUUUAUGAACAAACAAGAAAAAAAUGAUGUUAGGCAAGUAGGAGGGUUAUUAUUAAAAAAUUAUAUAAAUUCGAAAAAUAAAUUUUUAACAAUUGAUAUUUUAAAAAUAAUAAAGAAUGAAAUUUUCAAAUUAGUUGAAGAUGAGGUAAAAGAAAUAAGAAACACAUCUGGAUCUGUUAUAACAACAAUUCUGACCAAGUAUGAAGGAAUAGAUAAGUGGCCCGAAGCGUUAUAUAAUUUAUUACUGUUAAUAGAACGUGGAAAUAAUGAUGUAGUUGAUGGAGCAUUUCGUGCAAUUAUAAUUAUAAUAGAAGAUGAAUUAAUGAAUAGAAAAAGUGCUGAUUCUCUUUUUUUUCAAUUUUGCAAAACACAAUUAUUACAGAAAUUAUUUUCAUUUUGCACACCACAAGAAAAAAGUAUAAAAAAAAAAUAUGCUGCUGAGUGUCUUGAUUUAUUUAUAACAUCAUCAUGUUUUACUACAAAUGGUGUUUUUAAUGAAUAUUUUCCUCAAUUAUGGGAAUGCUUAGGAUAUCUAGCUUCAGAAGAAGAUACGCAAAUAUUAAAAAUUGUAGUUACUUGUAUGACCAUUAUUACAGACUCUAGGUAUGCAUCUAUAUUUACUAACUUAGACGCGAUUAUUCAAUUUAUGGUUAAUGCAACCAAUUCAUCAGAUAGAAAAGUUCAACUAGAAGCAUUAGAGUUUUGGCCCGUAUUUAUAAAAGAUAGGAGCUAUAUUGCCUAUUCAAAUUAUAAUAAUAAUCAUAAUAAUCAUAAUAAUCAUAAUAAUCAUAAUAAUAGUAAUAAUAAUAAUAAUAGUAAUAAUAAUAAUAAUAAUAAUAACAAUAACAGUAAUAAUAAUAAUAACAUUAAUAAUAAUAAUAAUAAUAGUAGUAGUAUGAACACUAAUAUGAAUAACACUAAUAAAUCAAUCGAUUUUUUGAGCAAGUCAGAUAGUUUUAUUGAUGAAAAUGUGUAUAAAAAUAUUAACGAGUUAAGAAAUGAAGCUUUGAAAAUAUUAAAGAGCUAUUUACCCUAUUUAUGUAAAAUACUCGUUGAUAAUACGGUUUAUACCAAAUGGGAUUAUUUAACUAUGGACGAAUCACAUUUUCAAAAUGACAAUGCAAAUAUACCUGAUUUAAUACAAGACAUUUCCCCGGAAUUAUAUAAUAAUAAUAAUAGUAAUAAAAAUGAUGACAUUGGUCAGGAUGAAUUGAAGAUAAAUAAAAUGAACAAUAAUAGCAGUGUUAACAACAGCAAUAGCAGCAAUGUGAAUAGCAACAAUAUGGACAACAUUACGGAUAUGGGAUUUGAUAAUAAGAAUAGUAACACGUAUGAUGAUUUUAGCGAUGAUGAAAAAAAUGAUGAUUUGACUUCUAGAACAUGGGGAAAUGAUUGGACUGUUCGGAAAGGAGCUGCAUUAUGUCUUGACUACUUAUCCAAUGUAUAUAAUGAUGAGAUACUAGAAUUUAUUUUACCACAUAUUGAAGAAAAAUUAAUGAGUGAUAAAUGGAACAUCAGGGAAAGUGCGGUGCUAACCCUAGGUGCUAUUGCAAAAGGUUGUAUGUAUAGCUUAUCUCCAUUUAUACCUAAAGUGUUGGAAUAUUUAAUCAAAUUACUAAAUGAUGAGAAGCCAUUAGCAAGAAGUAUAUCCUGUUGGUGUGUUACAAGAUUUUCGUCUUGGAUAUGUCACCCGGAUAAUUGUGAUAAAUGGUUUGAACCAGUUUUGUUAAAUUUAUUAAAAAGAAUUUUAGAUAGUAAUAAACGAGUACAAGAAGCAGCUUGUUCCUCUUUUGCUAAUCUUGAGGAAGAUGCUUUAGAAUUACUUAAUAAUUAUUUGCAUGAAAUUGUUCACACGAUUCAACAAGCGUUUCAGAUAUAUCAAGCGAAAAAUUAUUUUAUUUUAUUUGAUGUAGUCGGAACGUUAAUUGAUAGUGUCAAUAUUGUAAAAGAGAACAAUGAGUUAGCUCAUCAAAUUGUUAAUUCGAUUUUAUUAAAAUGGGAUAACAUUCGUAUCAGUAGCCCAUAUAUUAUAGCUUUAAUGGAAUGUAUGUCAUGUAUUACUAGUGCAUAUGGAAAGGAAUUUUUAAAAUAUGCAAAAAGUGUUAUAAGAACAUGUAUUAAAUUUUUGGUUUUAUUAUACAUAGAUUUAGAGGAAGAAAUAAAAUAUUAUUAUACGAAAAAAUCAGGUAGUACCAAUUCGUUUAUGUUGAAUAGAAAUAAUAUUUCGGACACAGCUAGUGAAUUAUUAACAUAUUAUAAAAUAUCAAAUGAAGAUUAUUUUACUAGUUUAAAAGAUAUAGAUUCUAUAUCUCCGUCUAAGAAAAAGGAUUUAAUAGAAUGUAGUUUUGAUUUAUUAUCAAGAAUUUUAAGUGUUAUAAAUUCUAAUAUUUUAAACAUUUUAAGUGAAGAUGAAUAUAAUUUUAUACCAUUAGUUCAUAGAUAUUGUUUAAAAUUAGAAAAUAUAAAAUUUGAUUCUCUAAAUAAUAAGAUGAUAAUUAAUCAUGGUUAUAAUAAAAUGUUAAAUUUAAAUAAUAGUAACAAUAACAACAAUAAUACUUCAUCAUCAAUCACCAAUGGAAUAAUAGUAAGUAAAGAAAAUGAAUAUACAGAAUUAGCAAAACUUUUCCUAAAUUUUGGAAUUUUACAAUCAAAUUUUGCAUUAAUAGGAGAUAUUUCAAGAUUUUGUACCCAGUAUUUAAUACCUUAUUUAAACGACAUCAUACCAUAUCUUAUUGCACAUAUUACUCAUCCUUCGACCCCCGUUUCUAAUAACGCUAGUUGGGCCAUAGGAGAAAUUAGUAUACACAUUAAUCCUCAAUACAUGGAAAUGUAUGUAGAUGAAAUAAUAAAACAACUUAUUUAUAUUUGUCAGAAUUCCAAAUAUCAUGGAUGCUUGUUACAAAAUAUAUGUAUAUCCCUAGGUAGGUUAUCAGCUACGUAUCCUAAAAAAAUUAUUUUUUAUUUCCCUCAAUUUUUAAAAACAUGGUUAAAAAUUAUGUCACAUGGUACACAAGAAAAUGAAAAAAUUAGCUCUCUGAAGGCAAUUUUAGAAACCUUAUAUUUAAAUCUAGAUAUUGCUGCAGAAAAUUUGAAAGAUAUUGUUUAUAUAAUAUUGAAGUAUAAAUAUGUAUCUCAAAAUAUUAAUAUUUUUUUUCACCAAUUUCUAUCAAACAUGAAGCAAAAAUACCCCAAUCACUGGAAAGAAAUCUAUAACCCAACGAAUGACUCUCUUUCGUCCCCCAUACCAAACGACAUGCUGAACGACUUAAACACGAGGUUUAAUUUAUGA